GAAGAGAAAAGUACGGUUUCCCACAGGUGGGCGCUUUAGUCACAUCAGGGACCUUUUAACAUGAUUUCACUCUGCAUAUUUCACAAAUAAAAACAUUUCUGAAAAUGUCGAUGGAGAAUAAAUUCUUGACUUUGAAGACGAAAAGAUAGGAGACUAAUAUAAAGACAGUCUUUUGCUGCAAUUUUGUGUAACAACGGGAAGUAAAAGUGAAACUCAAUAGCUGAUUUAACAGAAGCCAUUACUGAGCUCAGAACAGGCUUGAACACUCGUGGACUUAGGACUUACUUUGUUUAAACAAAGUAAACAAACAAACGCAAAUAUUUCCCCUUGGCUCUCACGGGGUAAAAAUAAAUUAAUUACUAAGACUUUUCAGGAAAUUGUCGACUCGUCGUUUUCUUGGUCUUGGUCUCGCUUACGUUUUCACUUCUCAUCACAGCCACGUACUGUGGAAAGAAGCGAUCAGUAACGCAACCCGGUUGUAUGUGCCCAAUUAAGCAGUAGACAUGGACCUCAGAUCGCCCCGAUUUUCUCUCGCAGACCAAGACCUGCUACCGGGACAGAAUGGCGUCCAGAUCUUCAGUUCUGGAAGAGGAGCUUUCCUGUCCUGUUUGCUCUGAAAUCUUCGGGGAUCCGGUUGUCCUGAGUUGCAGUCACAGCUUCUGCAAGACCUGUCUGCAGCAGUACUGGGAACAGAAGGGAUCUCAGGAGUGCCCAAUUUGCAGGAGAAGAUCUUCUAAGGAUAUACCUCCCUGUAACCUGUCUCUGAGGAAUGCCUGUGAGGCGUUCUUAAAGGAGAGAAGUCAGAGAGCUAAAGCAGGAUCUGAAGUGCUCUGCAGUCUGCACUGUGAGAAACUCAAACUCUUCUGUUUGGAUGAUGAUGAACCCAUUUGUGUUGACUGUUUAACAGGAACACACAGAAAUCACAAUUUCUGUCCAAGAGAUGAGGCUGCACUGAAAUAUAAGGAGAAACUCAGGACUGCACUGGCUCCACUGCAGGAGAAGCUAAAAGCCUUUAAUGCAGAGAAACUAGUCUGUGAUCAAACAGCAGAGCACAUCAAGAGCCAAGCCCAGCACAUAGAGAGGCAGAUAAAGAUGGAGUUUGAGAAACUUCAGCAGGUCCUAAAAGAUGAAGAGGCAGCCAGGAUCACUGCACUGAGGGAGGAAGAGAAGCAGAAGAGUCAGAUGAUGAAGGAGAAGAUUGAGAAGAUGACAGAAGAGAUAUCAUCCCUUUCAGAACAAAUCAGAACCAUAGAACAGGAGCUGGGAGCUGAAGACGUCUCAUUCCUGCAGAGGUACAAAGAUUUGGAGAAACGAGCCCGGUGCACACUGGCGGAUCCAGAGAAGGUUUCAGGAACGCUGAUUGAUGUGGCCAAGCACCUGGGCAAUCUGAAGUACAGAGUGUGGGAGAAGAUGCUGGGGACUGUUCAAUACACUCCUGUGACUCUGGACCCAAACACAGCACAUCCCAACCUCUCACUGUCUGAGGAUCUGACCAGUGUGAGAGACAGUGAUGAGAGACAGCAGGUUCCUGAUAAUCCAGAGAGAUUUGAUGAGUGGCCGUUUGUGCUGGGCUCUGAGGGAUUCAGCUCAGGGAGACACUGCUGGGAUGUAGAUGUGGGGGGUGAUGACUGGGUGGUGGGUGUGGCUAAAGAGUCCAUCAGAAGGAAAGGUGAUAUGGAUUGGAGUCCAGCAGGAGGAGUGUGGGGUAUAGGGCUGCUCAAUGGGAAAUACAUAGCCCUGACAUCCCCAGUCCCUACAGCCCUCACUGUGCAGAGGAAACCCCAGAGGGUCAGAGUGCAGCUGGACCGGGACAGGGGGGAGGUGUCAUUCUCUGACCCCAGUGACAACACUCCUCUCUACACUUUUAAACACUCCUUCACUGAGAGAGUGUUUCCAUUCUUCUGGCCUGAUUCUCUGCAGAUCUGCCCACUGAAGGUGUCUGUAAGAAUGGAGUGUGUGAUGAGAAUGGCGUCUGGAUCUUCUCUCAUGGAAGAGGAGCUCUCCUGUCCUGUGUGCUCUGAAAUCUUCAGGGAUCCUGUUGUCCUGAUUUGCAGUCACAGCUUCUGUAAGGCCUGUCUGCAGCAGUACUGGGAACAGAAGGGAUGUCGGGAGUGCCCAGUGUGCAGGAAAAGAUUUAAGCAAGAACCUCCUCGUAACCUGUCCCUGGGGAAUGCCUGUGAGGCGUUCUUAAAGGAGAAAAGUCAGAGAGCUAAAGCAGGAUCUGAAGUGCUCUGCAGUCUGCAUAGUGAGAAACUCAAACUCUUCUGUUUGGUGGAUCAAAUACCCGUCUGUGUUAUCUGCCAAACUUCAAAAAAACAUGAAAACCACAAAAUGCGACCAGUUCAGGAGGCUGCGGAAGAGUAUAAGGAGAAACUCAGGACUGCACUGGCUCCACUGCAGGAGAAGCUAAAAGCCUUUAAUGCAGUGAAACUAGUCUGUGAUCAAACAGCAGAGCACAUCAAGUGUCAGGCCCAGCACACAGAGAGACAGAUAAAGAUGGAGUUUAAGAAACUUCAACAGUUCCUAAAAGAUGAACAGGCAGCCAGGAUCGCUGCACUGAGGGAGGAAGAGGAGCAGAAGAGUCAGAUGAUGAAGGAGAAAAUUGAGAAGAUGACAGAAGAGAUGUCAUCCCUUUCAGAACAAAUCAGAGCCAUAGAACAGGAGCUGGGAGCUGAAGACGUCUCAUUCCUGCAGAGCUACAAAGACGUGGAGAAACGAGCCCAGUGCACACUGGCGGAUCCAGGGAAGGUUUCAGGAGCGCUGAUUGAUGUGGCCAAGCACCUAGGCAAUCUGAAGUACAGAGUGUGGGAGAAGAUGCUGGGGACUGUUCAGUACACUCCUGUGACUCUGGACCCAAACACAGCACAUCCCACCCUCUCACUGUCUGAGGAUCUGACCAGUGUGAGACGCAGUGGUGAGAGACAGCAGGUUCCUGAUAAUCCAGAGAGAUUUGAUGAGUGGCCGUUUGUGCUGGGCUCUGAGGGAUUCAGCUCAGGGAGACACUGCUGGGAUGUAGAAAUGAGGAAUGAGGGUUACUGGGCGGUGGGUGUGGCUAAAGAGUCCAUCAGCAGGAAAGGGCAUGUGAGUCUGAGCCCAGCAGGAGGAGUGUGGAGUAUACGGCAGUUCUAUGGGAAAUACGCAGCUCUCACCUCCCCACGUACAGCCCUCACUAUGCGGAGGAAACCCCAGAGGGUCAGAGUGCAGCUGGACGGGGACAGGGGGGAGGUGUCAUUCUCUGACCCCAGUAACAACACUCCUCUCUACACUUUUAAACACUCCUUCACUGAGAGAGUGUUUCCAUUCUUCCGUCCUGGUUCUCUGCAGAUCAGUCCACUGAAGGUGUCUGUAAGAGUAGACAGAAUGGCGUCUGGAUCUUCUCUCCUGGAAGAGGAGCUCUCCUGUCCUGUGUGCUCUGAAAUCUUCAGGGAUCCGGUUGUCCUGAGUUGCAGUCACAGCUUCUGUAAGGCCUGUCUGCAGCGGUACUGGGAACAGAAGGGAUCUCGGGAGUGUCCAGUUUGCAGGAGAAGAUCUUCAAGGGAACUACCUCCCCUUAACCUGUCUCUGAGGAAUACCUGUGAGGCAUUCUUAAAGGAGAGAAGUCAGAGAGCUAAAGCAGGAUUUGAAGUGCUCUGCAGUCUGCACAGUCAGACACUCACAAUCUUCUGUUUGGAGGAUCAAAUACCCGUCUGCCUUGUCUGCCAAACUUCAAAAAAACAUGAAAACCACAAAAUGCGACCAGUUCAGGAGGCUGCACAAGAGUAUAAGGAGAAACUCAGGACUGCACUGGCUCCACUGCAGGAGAAGCUAAAGGCCUUUAAUGCAGUGAAGCUAGUCUGUGAUCAAACAGCAGAGCACAUCAAGAGCCAAGCCCAGCACACAGAGAGACAGAUAAAGAUGGAGUUUGAGAAACUUCAGCAGUUCCUAAAAGAUGAAGAGGCAGCCAGGAUCACUGCAUUGAGGGAGGACGAGGAGCAGAAGAGUCAGAUGAUGAAGCAGAAAAUUGAGAAGAUGACAGAAGAAAUAUCAUCCCUUUCAGAACAAAUCAGAGCCAUAGAACAGGAGCUGGGAGCUGAAGACGUCUCAUUCCUGCAGAGCUACAAGGACACACAAAACAGAGCCCAGUGCACACUGGCGGAUCCAGAGAAGGUCUCAGGAGCGCUGAUUGAUGUGGCCAAGCCCCUGGGCAAUCUUAAGUACAGAGUGUGGGAGAAGAUGCUGGGGACUGUUCAAUACACUCCUGUGACUCUGGACCCAAACACAGCACAUCCCCUCCUCUCACUGUCUGAGGAUCUGACCAGCGUGAGACGCAGUCGUGAGAGACAGCAGGUUCCUGAUAAUCCAGAGAGAUUUCAUGUGUGGCAGUGUGUGCUGGGCUCUGAGGGAUUCAGCUCAGGGAGACACUGCUGGGAUGUAGAAGUGGGGGGUGAGGCCUGGGCGGUGGGUGUGGCUAAAGAGUCCAUCAGAAGGAAAGGGUCUGUGAGGCUGAGCCCAGCAGCAGGAGUAUGGAGUAUAGUGCUGCGCAAUGGGAAAUACGCAGCCUGGACCUCCCCACCUACAGUCCUCACUGUGCAGAGGGAACCCCAGAGGGUCAGAGUGCAGCUGGACUGGGACAGGGGGGAGGUGUCCUUCUCUGACCCCAGUGACAACACUCCUCUCUACACUUUUAAACACUCCUUCACUGAGAGAGUGUUUCCAUUCUUCUGGCCUGGUUCUCUGCGGAUCUGUCCACUGAAGGUGUCUGUAAGAGUGGAAUAGUGCUGUGGUUUGUGGGCAAGGAUCAGGUGAACAGACUGCUUCUUUCACUUUGACAAGAUUAAUGAGUAUAUUUGCAGAUAAUAUCUUUUACAAUAUUUUAUUGAGUCAUUUACAAAACAUAGAUACAUUUCUGCAGCAGUUCAUGUUGAAUGUAACUUUGAAAUCUCAUGAUGUUGCAGUAAAAAUCAGGUUAAAAGAACUGCAUUCCAUCACAUCUGAGCAGCAUUAAUUAAAAUAUUUGCCGGUCAAACAGCAUCAACAAAAUAUUAUUUUAUUUGAAACGUUCUGUAGUGUUUCCAUGAGAUGUGUCUAAUUUAUUUUCACAUAACUUCCCAAUGUUAUCACUGAGUAAUAACUGUGCUAUGUGGUGGUGGUGUAAGUAUGUGGGUUUGUGUGUAAUCAGUUGAGGUGUAAUAAACACACCAGUGGAAUCA